GCCACGCCCACUUCCUCCUGUCUGUGUUUCUGUUUUUACUUUCACUUUCAGCCAGAAUGUGACGCAGAUGAAAAGCCUCCAUUUUAAGGUUUGGACUUUCUGCUGUUUACACUCAGAACAUCUGAACCCAGUUGGUCUGCAGGUGAAGCAGUGAGACGCAGUGAACAUGGAUCAGUGUGAGGACGGAGUCACUGAAGCGGCUCUGCAGGAGGGAAGCCAGAGCAAUGAAUCUGAACCAGAACCAGAACCAGAAUCUGGACCAGAACCUGAAACAGAACCUGGACCAGAACCAGAACCUGGACCAGAACCCAGCUGUAUUUCCUUACAGAGUGGCAAGUCAACUGGACGAUUAAUUGAUUUUAAAUCAGAUGAACCUCCAGCUACAAAGAGGAGGAAACCUGGAUCAGAACCAGAACCCAGCAUCGUGUCGUUCAAGUCAAGUGGACGUUUAAUCGAUUUGAAGUCAAAUCAACCUUCUACAAAGAGCAUGGACCAGGGGAGCCUAACCCGAACCCGAACCCGAACCCGAACCCUUCCCAGUGGUCUGUCUUCACAGCAACAUCAGACACGGGACUCCGUGUUGACGGAGCUGACAGAAAACAUUUCUACUUUUGCAACUAAUGAGUUGAAGUGGAUAAAGAAUGUGUUGAGUCCAGAUUACAAAGAAAGUUUAGAAAGUCAGAGCGAAGGUGAAGCUGAGAAACAAAGGAGCAGCAGAGAGGCGUUUUUAAAGAUCAUAGUAAACACUCUGAGGAACAUGGACCAGGAGGGACUGGCUGACCUUUUACAAAGCAGGGAUGAGGACGGCGAACUGCAGGAGGGUGAUGGACUC